UUCUCGGGUUAUUGCAUAAAGCCCACGAUUUUCGUAUCGCAUUCACACAUAUAAACCUGUCCCCCCACAUUCACCAAUUGGUCUUAAGUUUUGCUCCGCAUCCUUCUUGUUUCAUAAGUUUCCUCGGAGGCGGAGCAUCUAUCUAUCUAUCUCUUCUUUUGUUCUGUUCUCUUGUUCCUGUCUCUCUUCUCGACAUGGCUACCAACAGAUGGUUAAGACCUGAGGUAUACCCACUUUUUGCCACAGUUGGUUUGGCUGUUGGGAUCUGCGGUAUGCAACUUGUUAGGAAUAUAACUACCAAUCCCGAAGUCAGGGUAACCAAACAGAAGAGAGCUGCAGGAGUUCUUGAGAAUUUUGCAGAGGGUGAGAAAUAUUCACAACAUAGCGUGAGGAAGUUUGUCCGCAAUAAGAGCCCUCAAAUUAUGCCAUCCAUCAACAAGUUCUUCUCUGAUCCAAACUAAAACAAAUGCCAAAUUUUCUGUUCCAUAAAUUUGAUUCUUGGAAUUGAUUUUUGGCUGUCUGGUAUUGUGAGUUGAGAAGUAGGACAAAUGAAUUUGAUUUUUCAGAUAUUGGAUAUAUGAUGAUUGUGUAAUUUGUUGAUGACAUUCGAUUUGUCUAAUAAUAAAGUUUUA